CCUGCUCGGCUGCUCCACUUCGGAACCUAUAAAUACAUGAUACAACCUCCUGAACCAGAACAGCACACAUCAAUACUCAUACGAGGCAAGAAACAGAGCAUAGUGAGAUACCAUAUCACCUAAACAGCCAAGCAUCUGUGUGCACACUCAAGCGAAGGAACCUGAAUCAAUAAUCAAGACUCCAGACGACAUGGCUCACCAGGCAGGCAAAGAGGCGGCGAUCCCGCUGCUCACACCGUACAAGAUGGGGCAGUUUGAUCUCACCCAUCGGGUGGUGCUCGCGCCGAUGACGCGGUGCCGCUCCUACGGCGGCGUGCCGCAGCCGCAAGCGGCGGUGUACUACUCGCAGCGUGCCACCAGGGGCGGGCUCCUCAUCUCAGAGGGCACCGUGAUCUCUCCUGAUUCUAUGGGCUACCCAGAGAUCCCUGGCAUCUGGACGCAAGAACAGGUGGAGGCAUGGAAGCCUAUCGUGGAUGCUGUUCACCGCAAGGGAGCGUUAUUCUUCUGCCAGAUUGCGCAUGUUGGGAGGGUCUACACAACUGAAAUCAAGACGGGUGAACAGGCGCCUAUCUCCAGCACGGACAAGCCUGUAACACCCGACGAUGAGGCUGGCAUAGUGUAUCCCAAACCUCGGGGCCUGAGGAUAGAUGAGAUACCUCAUGUCAUUGAAGACUUCAGGCGUGCCGCCCGAAACGCCAUUGAGGCAGGGUUCGACGGUGUGGAGAUCCAUGGCGCACAUGGGUUUCUCCUCGAGCAAUUCAUGAAGGAUAGCGCCAAUGACCGCACCGAUGAGUAUGGUGGGAGCCUUGAAAACCGGUGUCGCUUCGUUGUGGAGCUUGUUGAUUCCGUCGUCAACGAAGUUGGGGCACAUCGUGUGGGAAUCAGGUUGUCACCCUUCGUGGACUACAUGGAUUGCGUCGACUCCAACCCAGAAGGACUUGCCUCCUACUUGGUGGAGCAGCUCAAUAAGCACCAAGGUUUUCUGUAUUGCCACAUGGUAGAACCCCGAAUGGCCAUCGUCGACGGACGCAGACAGAUUCCCCACGGGCUAUUGCCCUUCAAGAAAGCUUUCAAUGGCACCUUCAUUGCCGCCGGUGGAUAUGACAGAGAGGAGGGCAACAAGGUGGUAUCUGAUGGCUACGUUGACCUUGUUGCAUACGGGAGGCUUUUUUUGGCCAACCCAGACUUGCCUAGGAGGUUCGACCUAGAUGCGCCCUUAAACGAGUACGACCGCUCCACAUUCUACACACAAGAUUCGAUCAUUGGCUACACAGACUAUCCUUUCCUUGAUGGUGACAACUACUCAUCUUCAGCUUGUGAUGUAUCCAUCGAGUAAAUGUCGUAUAAUUUAUAUCACACUAGGUUCCUGAUUGUAGAUUUUCGGGUUGUACUGAGCGGUAUUGUGUAAAUUUGUUGACUUUCUAUAUAUAACAUUUUCAUGUUUUGUCGAUCCAUGAAA